AUGGCUCCGAGAAGAAGAGCCGGGGCGGAGGAGGAGGAGGACGAGGAGGACGCCUUCGGAAGCGCGGGCUCCCACAUCUCCGACAGCGAGCCCAGCGAGGACGAGAAGGAGAAGGCAACGAAGCCCGCGAAAUCGUCCGAGGAAGGAGCGCCGCCAGCUGAUUCGGCUAAGAAGGAAGAAGUCGGCGAGGAAGCUGAGGAGGUCAACGCAGAGGCCCCGGAGGAUACCCAGGCCGAGGCACAGCCCGAGGCCAAGGAGACCCAGGAGGGCGAGGAGACCCAGGAGCCCCAGGAGGCCCAGGAGGAAGAGGCCGAAGAGGCCAAGGAGGCGCAGGAGGCCAAGGAGGCCAAGGAGGCCAAGGAGGCGCGGAGAAAAGCCAAAAAGGCCAAGAAGAAGGCCAAAGAAGCCGAUGAGGCAGAAGAAGAGGAGGCUUAUGAGGAGGUUGAUGAAGAUGCAGAUGAUGCAGACGGAGAAGCUGUGCAACGCAGAGCCAAGGAUGGUUACGAGGAGUCCAGGUACAAGGGGCCCGAGACAGUUCCUCGGGACAACCGGUACUUCCUUCAUGACGACCGGCAGGCAGAUGAUGAAGGCAAAGAAGAAGACGAUGAGGAGAAGAAGGAAGACAAAAAGGAGAAGCGUGAGGAACGCCGAGGGGACAAGCCGUCGCCAGACGACGAGGGCAAGUGGCUGCACGACAAGUACUUCGAGCUCCUUGAGGAAAAGCCCAGGGCCAAAGCACCUCUGGCGUGGUCCCGCGGUCAGGAUGGCGAUCACGGCGAUUGGUACAGUUCUGACUCGCGCCAGGGCCGGGCGCGAACCCUGAAGACAUGGAUGCCGAAGAUGCCCGAGUCGAAGGAUCAAUGGGAAGAGGAUUGGGAAGACGACAACAAACGGAAGGGGAAGAAGUGGACCAGCGAGAAGUAUGACAGCUACGAAAAGUACGACAAGCGCGACAAAGGCGGCAAAAGCGGCAAGUACAGCAAGUACGACGACUACGAUGAAUAUGAUGCGUCGGAAUCAUGGGAGAGAGACAGAAAAGGCGGUUCGAACGGCAAGGACGCUUGGUCAGGUUGGUCUGCCGGCGGUGGAAAAAGCAGCGGCAAAGGCCGGCGGAGGGAGGAGGAGUGGGAAGAUGAGGAGGAGUGGCACGACGACCGAUGGCACGCGAGCUCCAGCAAGAAUGGAUACAACAACGGUAGAAGCAAGGGUGGGCAUUCGAGACGCGACGAAGGAGAUGACUGGGACAAGAAGCGUGGCUACGAUGAUUAUGAUUACGACUACGACUACGAGGAAGACCAGGGAUGGAGAAAGCGUGACCACGGCGAUCGCAGUGGCCGGGAUGAUGGCCGUCGCCGCGGUUCCUGGCGGGAAGAUCGUGAGGAAGAGCCACGGCCCAGCCGGCGCGGAGUUACCCGGUACUCCCAGAUGACCUUCUGA